CUCCGACACCCCAAACUAUGUCCUCCAAUGGUUAUAUGCCAACCCGCUCUUCCCACCAUUUCUGCGUCCUCUUAUCUCCUUUAUUUCCCUGCCACCAAUCACCACCUUUUUUCCACCAAACCUGAUCCAAUUCAACACCACCAACUUGUAAUCAUUGACCUCCAAUCCCUCAAUUCUCUCAGAAAAAUGAAAUCCCAUUUUUUCGUCCUUUAUGCUGUAUCACCACCUUCAUCCGAUUUUUCGGCCAUCUGACACAUUUUUUCGGGAAAAAUUCCAUUUUUUCUCAUCUGGGCCAUGCCCAUUUUUACCACUCAUGGCCUGAUUUGAGUCAAUUUCCCAAAAACUCAAACAUCCCAUCCUCUGUUCUUUUUUUUUUUUUUUGGUUGAGAAUUGAGAUGGAAGAACCAAGUGUUGUUCAACAAACCGGCAAUCUCGAUUCCUCGAGACACAUAAUCUUCGGAAAGUACGAGAUGGGGAGAUUGUUAGGCCAAGGCACCUUCGCCAAGGUGUACUACGGCAAGAAUCUCGUCAGCGACGAAAGCGUUGCCAUCAAGCUAAUCAACAAGGACAACGUCAAGAAAGAAGGCCUAAUCGAGCAAAUCAAGCGCGAGAUCUCCGUCAUGCGAUUGGUUCGCCACCCAAAUGUUGUUGAGUUGAAGGAAGUGAUGGCCACCAAAGCAAAGAUAUUCUUCGUGAUGGAAUACGUCAAAGGGGGCGAAUUGUUCGCCAAGGUUGCCAAGGGAAAGCUCAAGGAGGAUUUGGCGAGAAAGUAUUUCCAGCAGUUAGUGAGUGCGAUCGAUUUCUGUCACAGCCGUGGCGUUUCGCACCGAGACUUGAAGCCCGAAAAUCUCCUCCUCGAUGAUAACGAGGACUUGAAAGUUUCCGAUUUCGGCUUGUCGGCGUUGCCGGAGCAGCUCUGGAAUGACGGCUUGCUCCACACGCAGUGCGGCACACCGGCAUAUGUGGCGCCAGAGGUUUUGAGGAAGAAAGGGUAUGACGGAGCCAAGGCUGAUAUCUGGUCUUGUGGAGUAAUUCUCUUCGUUUUGCUUGCUGGGUAUCUUCCAUUUCAAGCCGACAACCUCAUGAAAAUGUACCGGAAGGUUUUCAAGGCCGAAUUCGAGUUUCCCCAAUGGUUUUCCACCGACGCAAAGCAGUUGAUAUCCCAGCUCCUUGUUUCUGAUCCGGCGAAGAGAAUUUCAAUCCUGGAGAUAAUGCAAAAUCCCUGGUUUCAAAAGGGGUUUGUGAAGCCAAUUCCAAUUCCACUCUCAAUCCAAGAACCGGUCGGUGAUCAGAACGACCAGAAUGAUGAAAAGUCCAUGUCACCGCGUUUUUACAACGCUUUCGAACUCAUUUCGUCGAUGUCGUCCGGGUUCGACUUGUCGAACUUGUUUGAGUGCGAGAGGAAAUCUGGGUCCAUGUUCACCUCCAAGUGCUCGGCUUCGGCGAUCGUGGCUAAGCUUCAGGCUUUGGCGAGCAGGCUGAAUUUCAGCGUGACGAGCGUAAAAGAAUUCAAGGUGAAAAUGCAGGGGAAAAUGGAUGGCAGGAAAGGAAAGUUGGCAGUGACGGCUGAGGUGUUCGAGGUGGCGCCGGAGGUGGCGGUGGUCGAGUUCUCCAAGUCGGCCGGAGACACCCUGGAGUACAAGAAGUUGUAUGAGGAGGAGGUGAGGCCUGCGCUGAAAGACAUUGUUUGGAGCUGGCAGGGUGAGACCAACUGCCACCAACUGUAAAGUGGACAUGUUGUUUCUAGUUUUAGAAUCCUUAAUUAAUUAGAGUUUGAUCCAAUUCUUUUGCUUUAAGAGAGUGAUGCAGUGUUUUGUAAUCUGUGUUACAAAUAUUUUGAUGAUGUUUAAUUAGUUUUAUGUAUAUAGUGAAUGUGUGAGGAUAUACAUAAAUUAGAAUUUAUGUUGGAUUUUGUUGUACAAUACUUUGAUAUGUUGAAUGUGGAUUGACUGGUUGGUUCUGUUUC